GGUUUGGGAGGGAGGCUGCAAGGAGGGGCGCGGUGCCCGCCGCCGCCACCGCAGCACAGCGCAGCGUCUCUCCUGGGGGUAAGCCCCACGCUGGGGACCCAGCGCCCGGGCACCGGAGGCCGGCCUGGCACCGGUGCGGAGGCCGGCUCUCGCGAGGUGAGGAGGAAAAGCAGGAGGAAGAGAAGAAGGAGAAGGAGGAGGGCCGGAGCUGCCCCCGCCCAGCCGGAGCCCGUCAGGAGCGCUAGGAAAACCUACUCCCCCCGCCCAGCGCCGCUCUCCCCGCCCUCUCCCACGCCUUCCGCUUUCACCUAGGGCUGUAGGUGCGGCGCGGAGACUGGGCGGGAUCUACGCCGGCCCGAGCCCCGCCGGGGACCAGCGAGCCGGGAGGAGGAGCAGGCGCCACAGCAGCCCGGCGACCCGCGCCGGCUCGUAAUCCUGUCCGCUCCUUAUUCCGCCCCCGGGAACUGUGAGGAGGCGUCAUGUAGCAGCAGCAGCAGCAAAUCUGCCUCGCAUUGCAACUCUUUUUUUUUUUUUUUUUUUGGUGGGGCGGGGGGCGCGCGGCAAAAUUGUAUCUCCGCCCCCCUUUUCUUGCCCACUCCCAUUUGCAAGCUGCAUCUGCCUCUCUAAAAAAAUUAAAGGUGUUCGGGGAAGGACAGGGGGCCGUAAAUCAGAGUUGGACCUGCAAUAACCCCCGCACCUACAGGGCAACCAUGACCGAGGAGAGCUCUGAUGUUCCCAGGGAGUUGAUAGAAAGCAUAAAGGAUGUUAUUGGCAGAAAGAUAAAAAUUUCAGUGAAGAAGAAAGUAAAGUUGGAAGUUAAGGGAGACAAAGUUGAAAACAAAGUGCUGGUGCUUACAUCAUGCCGAGCCUUCCUUGUAACAGCGCGAAUCCCCACCAAGCUUGAGUUAACCUUCAGCUACUUGGAGAUUCAUGGCGUCAUCUGCAGCAAGUCAGCUCAGAUGGUUGUGGAAACUGAGAAGUGCAACAUCUCCAUGAAGAUGGCAUCGCCCGAGGACGUGAGUGAGGUGCUGGCUCACAUAGGCACCUGCCUGAGGAAGAUAUUUCCUGGCCUCUCUCCAGUGAGAAUCAUGAAAAAAGUCUCCAUGGAGCCGCCUGAGCGCCUGGCUAGUCUCCAGGCUCUGUGGGACAGCCAGACCGUGGCUGAGCAGGGCCCCUGUGGUGGAUUUUCUCAGAUGUAUGCCUGUGUUUGUGACUGGCUUGGAUUUUCUUACAGGGAAGAAGUACAAUGGGAUGUGGAUACAAUUUAUCUUACCCAAGACACCAGGGAAUUGAAUUUACAAGAUUUUAGUCACCUUGACCACAGGGACUUAAUACCUAUCAUUGCUGCUCUGGAAUAUAAUCAGUGGUUCACAAAGCUGUCCUCUAAGGAUCUAAAACUGUCCACUGAUGUCUGUGAACAGAUCUUGAGGGUGGUGAGUAGGUCCAAUCGACUGGAAGAAUUGGUGUUGGAAAAUGCUGGACUUAGAACAGAUUUUGCACAAAAACUGGCCAGUGCUCUAGCGCAUAAUCCCAACUCAGGACUCCACACAAUUAACCUUGCUGGCAACCCACUGGAGGAUAGAGGUGUGUCCUCUUUAAGUAUUCAAUUUGCCAAACUCCCGAAGGGAUUAAAGCAUUUAAAUUUAUCUAAAACCUCAUUAUCACCUAAAGGGGUGAACAGCCUUUCUCAGUCACUCAGUGCCAAUCCAUUGACCGCCUCUACCCUUGUCCAUCUCGACCUCUCAGGGAACGUCCUUCGUGGAGAUGACCUCUCACACAUGUACAAUUUUUUGGCCCAGCCAAAUGCCAUUGCUCAUCUGGAUUUAUCCAAUACCGAAUGUUCCCUGGACAUGGUCUGUGGAGCUCUUCUCCGUGGAUGCCUUCAAUAUUUAGCUGUGCUCAACCUCUCCAGAACUGUCUUCUCUCACCGGAAAGGAAAAGAAGUACCUCCAUCUUUCAAGCAAUUUUUUAGUAGUUCUCUGGCUUUGAUGCACAUCAACCUUUCAGGCACAAAACUGUCUCCUGAGCCCUUAAAAGCACUGUUAUUGGGCCUGGCUUGUAAUCAUAACUUGAAGGGGGUUUCUCUGGAUCUCAGCAACUGUGAGCUGAGAUCAGGAGGUGCUCAAGUAUUAGAAGGUUGCAUUGCUGAAAUACACAACAUCACCAGCUUAGACAUCUCCGACAAUGGUUUAGAAUCUGACCUAUCUACCUUAAUAGUGUGGCUCAGUAAAAACAGAUCAAUACAACACCUGGCGUUAGGCAAAAAUUUUAAUAAUAUGAAAUCCAAAAAUCUGACACCUGUAUUGGACAACUUAGUACAGAUGAUUCAAGAUGAAGAAUCACCUCUGCAGUCCUUGUCCCUGGCUGACUCAAAACUCAAGACUGAAGUCACCAUCAUCAUCAAUGCCCUGGGAAGCAACACCUCCCUGACCAAAGUGGACAUUAGCGGGAACGGAAUGGGAGACAUGGGAGCGAAGAUGCUGGCCAAAGCACUGCAGAUCAACACUAAGCUCAGGACUGUAAUAUGGGACAAGAACAACAUCACUGCACAAGGCUUUCAGGAUAUAGCUGUUGCUAUGGAAAAGAACUACACAUUAAGAUUUAUGCCAAUUCCUAUGUAUGAUGCUUCUCAAGCCCUAAAAACAAACCCUGAAAAAACAGAAGAGGCUCUGCAAAAGAUAGAAAACUACCUGCUACGAAAUCACGAGACUAGAAAAUACCUUCAAGAGCAGGCUUACCGCCUGCAGCAGGGUAUUGUCACCAGCACCACCCAGCAGAUGAUUGACAGAAUAUGUGUGAAAGUACAAGAUCAUCUCAACUCCUUACGAAAUUGUGGGGGAGAUGCUAUCCAGGAAGAUUUAAAAUCAGCAGAGCGGCUCAUGCGUGAUGCUAAGAACUCUAAAACGUUGUUACCAAAUUUAUACCAUGUUGGUGGUGCAUCUUGGGCGGGAGCCAGUGGCUUGUUAUCCAGUCCAAUUCAGGAGACCCUGGAAUCAAUGGCUGGAGAAGUUACAAGAGUAGUAGAUGAACAACUAAAGGCGUUGCUUGAGUCCAUGGUUGAUGCUGCUGAGAAUCUUUGUCCCAAUGUGAUGAAAAAAGCCCACAUUCGACAAGACUUGAUUCAUGCCAGCACCGAAAAGAUUUCUAUUCCACGUACCUUUGUUAAAAAUGUCCUGUUGGAGCAGUCUGGAAUUGAUAUCCUUAACAAAAUUAGUGAAGUAAAGUUGACAGUGGCCUCCUUCCUGUCUGAUCGAAUUGUGGACGAAAUCCUGGAUGCACUCUCACAUUGCCAUCAUAAACUGGCUGACCAUUUCAGCAGACGUGGCAAGACCCUUCCUCAACAAGAAUCCUUAGAGAUCGAGCUGACUGAGGAGAAGCCAGUUAAACGUUCCAUCAUCACAGUGGAGGAGCUAACAGAGAUAGAGCGUUUGGAAGAUCUGGAUACCUGUAUGAUGACCCCUAAAUCCAAAAGGAAGAGUAUCCAUAGCCGAAUGCUGCGGCCUGUUUCUAGGGCUUUUGAAAUGGAGUUUGAUCUAGAUAAAGCGCUAGAAGAGGUGCCAAUUCACAUCGAAGACCCGCCCUUCCCGUCCCUCAGACAGGAGAAGCGGAGCUCGGGAUUUAUCUCUGAGUUGCCUUCUGAAGAGGGGAAGAAGCUGGAACACUUUACCAAGUUAAGGCCAAAAAGGAAUAAGAAGCAGCAACCCACCCAAGCAGCGGUCUGUGCUGCCAACAUAGUCUCCCAAGAUGGUGAACAGAAUGGUCUCAUGGGGAGAGUAGAUGAAGGUGUAGAUGAAUUUUUCACCAAGAAGGUGACCAAAAUGGAUUCCAAGAAAUGGUCAACAAGAGGCUCAGAGUCUCAUGAGCUUAAUGAAGGAGGAGAUGAAAAGAAAAAGCGAGAUUCUCGGAAAAGUAGUGGCUUUCUCAACUUAAUCAAAUCCCGGUCCAAAUCUGAGCGGCCACCAACGAUCUUGAUGACAGAAGAACCCUCCUCACCAAAAGGGGCCGUCAAAAGUCCACCUGUGGACUGUCCCAGGAAGGACACAAAGGUCACCGAGAACAAUGGCAAUUCUGAACGGAUAGAGGAGAUAAAAACACCUGACUCCUUUGAAGAGAGUCAAGGGGAAGAAAUAGGGAAGGUGGAACGGAGUGACAGCAAGAGCAGCCCACAGGGAGGGCGGAGGUAUGGGGUCCAGGUGAUGGGCAGUGGUCUGCUGGCAGAGAUGAAAGCCAAGCAAGAGAAGAGAGCUGCGUGUGCACAGAAGAAGCUUGGGAAUGAUGCCGUAUCCCAGGAUUCUUCCAGCCCAGCCUUGAGCAGCGUAGAACGGUUGGAUGGAGGUGGGGCAGUGCCUAAACUGCACCCAGGUCUUCCAGAGAACCGCUUUGGUUUGGGAACACCAGAAAAGAAUACCAAAGCAGAACCCAAAGUGGAAGCAGGUUCCAGGUCUCGGAGCUCAUCCAGCACACCUACAAGCCCGAAGCCCCUCCUGCAGUCCCCCAAACCCAGCCUGGCAGCACGGCCCGUCAUCCCGCAGAAACCAAGAACCGCCUCACGGCCUGAUGACAUUCCAGACUCUCCAUCUAGCCCGAAAGUUGCCCUUCUUCCACCUGUCCUGAAAAAAGUUCCUUCAGACAAGGAGAGAGAUGGCCAGAGUAGCCCCCAGCCCAGCCCCAGGACAUUUUCACAGGAAGUUUCAAGGAGAAGCUGGGGCCAGCAGGCCCAGGAGUAUCAAGAACAAAAGCAACGGUCCUCCAGUAAAGAUGGCCGUCAAGGCAGCAAAUCUAGUGACUCUGGAGAAGAAGCAGAAAAAGAGUUUAUUUUUGUGUAAAGGUCACCCACGCAGAAGUCUUUCUGUGCAGGGUGCUUUGGUAGCCAUCAGAGAGGAACCAAGGGCACCACCUCUUCUUCCCAGGCGUUCUUCUCUCGGUGCUUUAUUCUCUUCUUUUUCUUUAUUUCUCCCCCUACCCCCAUCCCCUGCUUUCUUUUUUUUUUUUUUUUUUUUUUUUUUUAUGGUCUGAAUCUGAU